AUGGAGAUGAAGUGCGCGUCAAAUGUUAAUAGAGAUGUCCCCAUGUGUUCUACUAGCGCAGUUAAUAUUUUACACUCACACCAGAGUUUCUGUGGCUUUGUGCAACAGCCUGUUUUUGUGAGUGGAUGGCUGUAUGUGAAUGAACAUGGACAAAUGUGUGGUCCAAAUAUUAAGGAGCAAUUAUAUGAGGGGCUAACUACAGGUUUCUUGCCAUUUGAGCUUCCUGUGUAUCCUGUAAUCAAUGGCACAAUAAUGAACCCCGUGCUAUUGAAUUAUUUCUUGUCAGAUGUCGAGAGGAGAAUGUUUUUGGCUUUAUGA